AUGCCCAUUGAUAAUACCAUGAGGUCGACAGUACUUCGUUUCGAUCGCUUUUUUACUCGUGCUGAUCCAGCCAUGCAAAAACGAGUACAAAAAGCAUUGGACGUGAUGCGGAGUGCUAUUGAUAUUUUCGGUCUUGAGGGCGUGUGUUUCAGUUUUAAUGGUGGCAAAGACUCGACGGUGGUGCUUCAUUUGCUUCGUAUUGUCGUAGCUAAACGUGUGCUGGAGGAGGUACAAUUGGCACAUUGGAAGAUCCAACAGAAAGCUGAGGGUGGGACAACUGUGACAUCACCGCGAAAUAGCUUCGUCUCGGUGGAUUUACUGGAUGAACAAGAACUCGAAGCUCGAGUCCAAGCACAAUUGCAACACGUGCCGGUUAUGUAUUUUGACUCGUACGAUCAGUUUCCAGAGAUACGAGACUUUACGGAAGCAUGCAGUAAGAAAUACGCUCUUAAUUGUCACGUGUACAAGUGCUCAUUUGUUGAAGGAGUCAAAGAUAUUUUAGAGAAACUCAAGAUUAAAGGCGUGUACAUGGGCGUACGUGGAGGAGAUCCACAUACGGAAAAUUUGGAGCACUUUUCGCCUAGCAGUCCAGGGUGGCCACCAUUUUUACGUGUAAACCCGAUCUUAAAGUGGACUUACGAGGAUGUCUGGCGUUUUUUGCGUGAUUGUCAGUUGGAAUACUGCUCAUUGUACGACCACGGAUAUACAUCGCUAGGAAAUAUUUUCGAUACUGUGCAGAACCCAGAGCUUUGGCGGAAGGGUGAGAUGGGCAAGGAGGGAUACUAUUUGCCUGCAUACAAAUUGAAGGAUGGAAGUUCUGAACGCUGCGGGCGACAGAAGAAGGCGCACACGACUUCAAAGUCUGACUGA